AUGAUUGUUGACAAAAAAGAAAAAGGUUUUUUUUUGGUUUCAACAAAAAAAAAAAUUUUAUUUCCGCUCUCCACCAUGAUUCUACGGCUAGAUGAGUCUGUUAUCACCCAAAUACGUUCACACACCAUCUUCCACUCCUUGGACCUGGUUGUACGAGAACUUCUUCAAAACAGUCUAGAUGCGGGAGCUAACGAAAUAACUAUCAAGAUAGAUCUCUCGUCGUUGAGUGUAUACAUCCACGACAAUGGCACUGGAAUCACCCCUGACGAUUUGGAAAAGGUUACAUUACAACACUAUACCUCGAAAUGGCACAGCCACAACUAUAAAGGAGAGGCGCUCUUUGCGUUAAAAGUCAUUUCAAACCUAACCAUCAUAUCCAAAGCACCCGACUACACAACACCGUUCAAGCUAAACAACCUGGUGGCCGAGUUGUACAACGAGUAUUCUGGCGGGUACUUCCAGAUCGGCGAUAUCAACCCCCAAGGAACAGUCGUCAUUGCAGCUAACAUGUUUAGAAAUAUCCCUGUACGAAGAGAACAAAUAAGGACUACACCACACGCCAAACUUGUUGAAGCAAUUAAGGUGGCGGUUUUAGAAUCACUAACCCCGAACGCUCGUGUUAACCUAAAAAUCUUCCUUGUCAAUCACACCACCCUCCAGCUUGAUCAGAUAGUUGCAAUAUGCGGACACUCGCCAUUGUUGUUCCAGCUUUUUGGAGUAAAAACAAAGUUUGAACCUGUGCGUGCAAAAUUUAAGAAUAUCAAAGUUGUGGGGGUUAUUGGGAGGGAGCCAAUCACCGCAAAACACCAGUACGUGUUUGUCAACGACAGGAGAGUCACACUUUCUUUGGGCGAAUCAAAACGACUAAACGACUUGUUUUCCAGCUCUGGGUUUAAUGAUAUCGAUUUCAGGACAAAAACAACCGGUAAACCGUUCUACAAGCACCCGACAUUUAUGUUUAGAGUAUACCCAGGCAAACGGGAGGUGGUUCAAGACUCAUACACAUGGAAUAUCGUACUACGCAUCAUCUACAAAAUCAUUGCCAAGUUCCUAGAUAGGAGACAACCACCAAAGCCACUACUACUGACUCCCCCUAUCCAUCGCACAUCCGACAAGUACAUUCUAACCACCAAAACAAAGUUGGGGUUUCUAAAAGAGAAUGAAAUUGAUGGGCUAGUCGAUAAUCGGCCAUACCACGGAAAGGAAGCACCCCUACCCAGAAUACCAACAAUCGCACACCUCCCACACCAAUGUACAUCCACCCACACCACCCCUCAUCUAACCUCCUCGCAAACCAAUUUGGCACCAGAAAAAUUUAGAGUGAUCAACCAGGUCGAUCGCAAGUUUAUUUUAUUGGCGGCUGACGAUCAGCUAGUGGUGUUGGACCAGCACGCAAGCGACGAAAGAAUCAGAGUCGAGCAGUAUCUACAAGAAUUUGUGCUGCAGCCCAACCCGGGAUUGAGACUACACAGCCCGAUUGCUUUCGGCGUGCAUGCUUCAGAGCUUAUGUUGUUUGAUCAGUACGCUGCCAACUUUAAUAGUUUUGGCAUAUGCUACACCACAGACACCGCUCAAGUGGUCAUUACGCAUUUGCCACUAAUACUUCUUACAAAGGUAGAGGACGACGCAGAGUUUCUCAAGGAUUCUUUGCUACAACACUGCUACGACUUGCACGACCACGUCAAGCGGAUCAGCCCCAACUUUGACAACUGGUUCGAAACGUCGUACCACUUGCCCCGAAUCAUAACUGAGUUGAUCAACUCCAAGGCCUGUCGAUCGGCAAUAAUGUUCGGUGACAUCUUGACUAAAGAUGAAAUGCAAGACCUAGUAAACAAACUCAGCCGGUGCAAGCUUCCGUUUCAGUGUGCCCACGGAAGGCCUUCUAUAGUUCCAAUAGCAAACCUUAUGUAA